AUGAAAAUCUACCUCCCAUUACUCUUUUCAGCUAUCGCUUCUAGUGGAAUAUGGGUCCACGCUGCAGAUAACAAAUCAUCGCCCAAUACGACGUCCGAUGACAAUGACAACGACAACGACACUAUCUUGUCCCCUCCACAUACGUUUUGCGCAGAUGAUAUGGAGAUGGUGUUUGGCUUUGGCGAUUCUUACACUAAUCUAAUGGGUCCAAAGGGAGAUGUGUGGACGUGGAAUCAUUUUCAAUCAAACGAUUCAGUGUUGGAUGCCCCUAUUCGGAUCAAUGGUACUACUGCCCAUGGCCCUAAUUGGAUUGAGUACUUGACAGAGUGCUACGAAGGCUUGCCACAAGAUUGUGACCCACAGCUAUUUGACGUUGCGUAUGGCGGAGCCAGUGUAGACAGCGACCUUGUACCACCUGCAUAUACACACAUUGUCGAUUUCAUUCACCAAGUAAAACAAUGGAAAGAAUACAUCAAACCAGCUGUGACAUGGAAACCAGAAACAACAUUGACGGCCGUAUGGUUUGGCAUCAACGACGCUUUAAAUUCCUCCAAAACGAAGACAUGGAUCGAGCUUGGCAUCUUAUUUAACAAGAUCAUGGACGUUUAUAGCGAGCAAUUGGAAACGUUGUACUCUUAUGGUAUGCGUUCGUUCCUGGUUGUCAAUGUGCCACCCAUGGAGCAUGCACCUGCCCAUAUUGGCAACCAUACUAUUGCCAAGGUGGUGAAAUCUUUCAAUGACUUGCUUCAAGCCCGAGUCGCCUUGUUCAACACCAAGCACAAAGACGAGGUCUUCGUUCAUUACUUUGAUGCACACCGAUACUUCAAUGAGUACCUCACCAAUUCCUCUGGCCUUUUCAAAAACACAACCGGAUAUUGUGACGUCGAUAAAUGCGAGUAUCCAAACUACGAAUACUUCUGGAUGAAUAACAUUCAUCCAAUGUACCCUGUUCAUAAGCUUUUGGCGGAGGAUUUGAGCAAGGAGCUUAAGGAAGCGUCACAAUGCUCUUCUUCUUUAAUCUAG